CAGUUUAUCUUUGCGCACCCUAACCUUAAAAUAUAUUUUAAUUCUUGUUGCGAGUAGUUAUAAUAAAAUUGUUUAUUACAAUAUAAAUUAUUGUCACAAGCAUGCAUAUAAAUGUGUUGAAUAAAGAAAUUCAAAAAUGUGGUCUUUGGUAAAAUUAAAUAUGAAUUUACAAAUAUUCUUAAGACCUCGAAUUUUAAAAUUAGAUAUUUGUUCAAUUAAACAUGUAAUGAACAUACAUAAUUUUGUACGUUCACCGAACGUUUUAGCUGUCUAUCGCUUUUCCAAUAUAUAUUUUUCUAUUUUUCGCUCUCUCAAUUUGAGUAGCUUUAAUAAUUUUUCAACAGCACAUGCCUUAUUUAAAAGCAAAGAUCGAGGUAAAGAUAAAAAAAAAUUACAGCAAUCUGUGCAUGUUGAUUUAAAUGAAAUAGCUGAAGUUAUAAAUGUAGAAGAUAUGAUGUCUGAAUUAAACAAAGCGGUUGACGAGUAUAAAGAUCAGAUUGUAAAAUACAUGGGGUUACGUACAAGUACAGAUGCUAUCGAAGAUUUAAUUGUAAAAUACGAAGGAAGUGAAUAUAAACUUCAAGAACUUGUAAAGAUUAGUCGGCAACCUAAUUUAUUAGUAUUGAAUGUGGAUGUAUUUCCACAAGUAAUUCCAGAUAUCGUUAAGGUACUAUCAACAUCUCAAAUGAAUUUAAAUCCACAACAACAGGGUACAACGAUAUAUGUUUCAAUACCUAAGGUCACAAGAGAACACAGAGAAAAACUAGCGAAGACAGCAAAAGCGUACUUUGUAAAAUGCAAAGAUAACAUUACCGAUGUGAGGAAUAAGUACGUAAAAAAAGUGAGAAGAGACAAUAAUGUACCUUCAGAUUUAGCUUUCAAGAUUGAAGGUUAUAUAAGUACUAUAAGUCGUGAACACAUUGAUAAAGCAGAAAACUUAUUGAAGACAAAACAGAAAGAACUUUUGGGUGAAUCGCUAUAGUCAUUUUUAGUUUUCAUGUGUAUAUUUAUCAAGCAUUGGAUUAAAAAAUAUAUAAUAAUGGUACAAUGUAUAACAUUGUUUACAAUUUGUAAUAACAUUGCAUUUCAAAAUACAUUAAUAGUAAUAGAAUAUAUUUUCUUGUGCUUAUAGUAAAAUAUAUUAUUUUUUUAUUAGUG